AUGGAAAAACAAGAAAUCCCCGAGUUUAUAUACGAAUACAAAAAACGUAGACGAGAAUUUGGAAAGCAAGUUCUAUUCACAGACCAUGGACCAGAAAUGUGUGUCAGCAUACCAAACAAUCCUCUAUUGUAUAAAGAUUACAUACUACGAAAUCCUGUACAUGUUGGCAUACAGAAUACAGGUACCAUGUCAGAACAUUGGGUUAAUUCUGAAAGAGCGGAAUAUACAUGUUCGGGUAUUACUCAUGUAGAAGGUGGUUGGCCAAAAGACAUAAAUAUGGCUGAUCCCGAAGCUACGCAGAGAUACAGACGCAAGAUAGAAAAAGAUGAUGCGUACAUACACGCAGUAAUGCAUCUCGGACAUAGCAUGGAACAUAAUAUUCUUCAAAAUAAUGCAGUAGAUAUGUACGAGACUUAUUACUCAGAAUUGCCCUCAAUACCUCCGGUGGAACGUAGUAGUUGCCAUACGGUGAAUGUGUACAGAGAACCCUCGGCCAGGAGGCCGGUGCGCUCGCUCUCCUGGCAAACAGAUGGAGGCGCGCGUCUUGCUACCGCGCAUGCUGAUGUGGACCUUAUGAGGAACAACAGAACUCCACAAUACUCGUACAUAUGGGAUAUUGAAAAUGCCAAUGCGCCAGAGUUAACCAUAAAACCUCCUCAGCCAUUAUUGGAUUUACAAUAUAAUCCUCGGGAUCAAAACACUCUGGUUGGUGGAAUGAUGAACGGCCAGGUCGGUUGGUGGGACAUGCGUAAAGGUGGGGAGCCUGUUGGAAUUUGUCCUCCACAUGUAGCACAUCGAGAUCUUGCACGCAACGUCCUCUUCAUCAACUCCAAAAUUGGAGCCGAAUUUUUCUCAUCGUCUCCAGAUGGAGUAGUAAAAUGGUGGGACACACGAAACAUGAAUGAGCCAACUGACUCAAUGAUAAUAGAUUUGGUGAAAGCACCGACUGAUACGCAAAGUAUAGAGAAUGCCAUCGGAAUAUCGGCGCUUGAGUACGAGCCAACAAUACCAACUAGAUUUAUGGUUGGAACUGAAACUGGCCUUAUCAUUGGAGGAAAUCGAAAAGGAAAAAAUGCAGUAGAAAAACUCCCAACCAGAUACGACGCCCAUCUCGGCCCAGUGUAUGCUCUGCAACGUAAUCCCACAUUCCUCAAAAAUUUCCUAACCGUUGGUGAUUGGACAGCUAGAGUGUGGAGUGAGGAUUGUCGCGAAUCAUCUAUCUUAUGGACCUAUUCACAUCGCACUAAACUUACUGAUGGCGCUUGGAACCCCAUUCGAUUCUCAUUGCUGUUAAUCACACAAUGGGAUGGUUGUCUCUCUUGUUGGGAUUUAUUAAGGAGACGAAGCGCACCGAUCGUCACUGCCCAACUGUGCGAUGAACCAUUGUUACGUUUACGUCCACACGAAGGAGGUAUACUGGUUGCUUGCGGUAGCAGUAAAGGAACUAUAUAUUUGGCAGAAUUAUCACAAAAUCUGGGUACGGCGGACAAAAACGAUAAGCUACUGUUGACGAAUAUUUUAGAACGUGAAAAUAAACGUGAACGCAUUCUUGAAGCUCGUAUGAGGGAGCUACGAUUGAAAAUGCGACAAGAUCGUGACGGUGGACAACCGCAAACGGAAAACGACCCUAGCAGCUCGGAUAGGGAGAUAGAAGAAGCCACUGCAGAGUACAUGCAAACUAUAAACGCUUUGCAGGCGCAACAACCGCCUCAAUAA